AUUAGUGCCUUACUCCCCAAUGUCAAGCCAAGUUUCAGUUUCAUAGACUUACAAGACAAGCAAACUUCUGGAUUACUUCAACCAGCUAUAUAUUGGAUUUUGAGACCACUAUAAAUCUCCCACUACGCUGUUACUAUGUUAAGAUAAAAAAAAUAUACAAUUUCCUACAGUUAAUUUGCUAACAAUUGAGGAUUUAUCUGAAUUUGAAAGCGAUUACUUAGUAAGUGUUUGUAGCAAGGCUCGAUCCCCUUAAGUCCGUCGCAAUUAGAAGGGGACAGGCAUGGACUUUCUGGUGACUAGAAGGGAUGAAGGAGCCAGUUUCAUAAAGCCAUCAGGACAAACUCCAUGUGGUGUGCUUGAUCUAUCAGUCAUAGACAGCUUAGCAGUCCUUCGAUGCAAUGCUCGUACACUGCACGUAUUCAAAGGAGGAAAUGCUAGUGUCAUUCGCGACGCAUUUGCAAAAGCUUUGGUUCCUUAUUACCCAUUAGCAGGCCGUCUAAAACUCUCAGGGCAGAGUAACCAGCUGCUUCAAAUUGAAUGUUCAGGUCAGGGAAUUUGGUUUGUGGAGGCUUCUGCUGAUUGCACUCUCCUUGAUGUCAACUACUUGGAUGAAGCUUCAGCUUUGGAUGACACUACUUUUGAUAAACUUCUACCUCAGUUAAUUCAUUCUAACUCUACUCCAAUUUCCCUUGGUCGUGACUCUUUCAUGGACCCAUUGGUGCUUGUGCAGGUAACUGAAUUUAAAUGCGGUGGAUAUGUUAUGGGACUUACUUUCUGCCACUGUAUAUGUGACGGACUGGGCGCUGCACAAUUUCUAAAAGCAGUGGGUGAGUUCGCUAGGGGAGUUGAGAAACUGAGCGUUACACCAGUGUGGUGCAGGGAGUAUCUUCUUCCUUCUCCAUCAACACAAAAAGAAUUUGCAGAUCAUGAGACCAAACACAGCUCGUCAAUGCGACCACCACUCACUAUUCCAGUCCCAGAUCAGCAGCUGGAGCAUGCAAGUUUCGACAUUCCCAUGGAUGAGAUCAAUCAGCUCAAACACCAAGUGAUGCAAGAGUUGAAAAUAGACAAAAAUGUGUUUUGUUCCUCCUUUGAAAUUGUAGCUGCUACUUUGUGGAGGCACCGAACUCGAGCAAUUCUAAAUCUAACAGAUGACAAGAAGAAUAUGUCCAACUCCUCGUCAAAUACAAGCUUUACUAUGGCAGAUAAUGCAGGUGAUGAUGAAGUGAAACUGGUGUUUUUCGCUAAUUGUCGGCAACUGGUGUCCCUGCCAGAAGGGUUCUACGGGAACUGUUUCUUCCCAGUGACCGUGACGGCAUCUAACAAAAUAGUGGCGCAAGCCUCUCUUGCUGAAGUGGUGAAGCUAAUCAAAGAUGCCAAGGCUAAGCUACCAGCAGAAUUUUCUCAGUGGCUCAAUAACAAGACCAACAAAUGUACGAAUGAUGUUCAAUUAAACGAUCCAUUUGCACCAGGGCCUGGGGUGGGUUAUGACACAUUGUUUAUUUCAGAAUGGGGACGAUUGGGUUUUAAUGAGGUUGACUAUGGAUGGGGCAAACCUAUGCAUGUGAUACCAGUACAAGGGUCUGCUGUUAUACCAGUAGGCAUUGUUAGCAAACAGCCGUUGCCCAAAAAUGGCAUUAGGCUCAUGACUUGGUGCGUCCACAGCCACCAUCUGCCUUCCUUUCUUAACAUGAUGAAGAGAGGAUCACGAUGAUACUCUAAUUGACUAAAAGUGCACUCAUUAAUGCACGUGUACUUGUGUGAAAUAAUAACGUCAUAGUUGUUUAACUGGUGUAAUUGUGUGCUUUGUGAUCCAUUUUCACAAUUAUAUCCAAAUUAUGACUGAAAUAUUUGUUUAUCUA